GAACGUUUAUCGAAUUGUCAAAAUCUAAUUUGUACCUUUCUCGUUUGUUUACUUACAAAAACAUUUAAAUUAUGACUAAAGAUUCUCGAUAAUGACAAAGCGGAUGCAAUACUUCGGUACUGUAUUCUUUCUGUGUUCGUUAACUUAUUUAACAAAUGUUGUGUUGACCGAGAUUUUUGAAGACGAGACGGCGCAAGUGGAAGAGUGGCUGGACCAGAACGAUCUUGGCGAAUACAAGAAAUUAUUUAAGGAAUAUGGCAUCUCCACACUGUCCGGCUGCGGCUCGCCGGAGCAGUUCGAGCGGCUGCCGGAGCUCCCGGCGGCGGAGGAGCGGCGCUUACGCCGCGCAGCCCAAGUGUUACAGCAGCGGCUGGUGCUGCGGCAGUGGCUGGCCACGCACCGCCUCCAGCAUGCAUAUACCAAAUUGCUGAGCCUAGACGUGUCUUCUCUCGAAGACGUAUACUGGCUAGAAGACAGCACCGCGCGCCAUGUGCUCGACCCCAAGGACUUCAGCGCUUGGUCGGCGGCGCGACAGAGCCUGCCCACCGGCAAGGACCAGUUGCAGACCCUCAAGUCAGACCUAUGGAGCGCGGUCGUUAAGAACAGUAAACAUCAGGAUGCUUGGACUUGGGGCGGUAUGCUGGUGGUAUCCGUGUCGGUGUGCGGGCUGGUCACGCUGGCCGCCAUGACGCAGCCUUCGCUGGCGCCUGAGGCCAAGCAUUCCUUGCUGCAGUACGUCACCGGGAAAUACUUGCACCCGCCUAGCUGUAAGGUGGAGUGGGGCUGGGAGGAGCCUCAUCCUGUCGGAGAUACGAUGUGCUUCACAGUCCAGUGCUACCAGCGCAAUGGACAACCCUACCCAGUCUGUGAUACUGACGAGCUGGCGGUCACCAUCUCGCUCGGGACCAGAAAGAUGACAGCAGUCAUCGAGUUGGGAUCUGGCGACCCCACUCAAGCACACACAGCGCGUGUUAAAUUUACCGUCCGGACCGCCGGUGUCUACAUCAUCGCUGUCACCAUCGGCGGCGUCAAUAUCAGUGGCAGCCCGUACCGGCGCUGGUUCACGGCGGGGCGCGUCGAAGCGCGAAGAUCGCGUGUGGCGCGCGCCGGCGCCGCGCUCGUGUGGUGCGCCGGCCACGCGCGCGCGCUGCACGUGCACCCGCGCGACCAGUUCGACAACCCCACGCACCCGCAGCCGGCGGAAGGCUUCUCAAUCCAGAUCAGCCCGCUGGGCGGCGCGGUGGACGAGCAGCUCUCCUCGUCGGCCGCCUUCCAGUACGACGCGGUCAACCAGCGCGUCUCCAUGACUCUGUGCUUCCCGCAGGCGGGACUGUACAGAGCUGGCAUCUAUUAUGAAUCUGUAUUGCUGCACAAUGGUGAAUUCGACUGCAUCGUCCUAACUGCAUCGGACACCGCAACACUCCAACGCAACAUGUCAUCGAAACGCCACAUGUGGUGCUACGCGUGCCGCGCGCCGCCGCCGGCCAAGCCCCGCCGCGUGCUGUGCUGCCUCAGCCGCAAGCAGCUCGUCGUCAAGGACUACAUCCUCGGCUUCAUCCCGCGCCGCUCCACAGCCUUCCGCCUGUGCCCCUCAACCAAGUUAAUUCUGAAACCAAGUGAAGACAGUGCGGAAGAAGGCGCGUUCGCAUUAGACGACGGAGUGCAGCCGCGAGUGGAACUAGUGUCGGCGCAGCGCGACCUCAUCGCUGCCACUUUCGCGCAGCUGCUCGUCGCCAACUGCGGCGGCGAGGACACCUUUAAGAACAAGCAGGACUUCUUCUACAGCGAGGUCCGCAAGGCGCACUCGCGGCACCCGCACGACAAGCUGGCUAUCCGAGUCUUACGCGCCGACCUCGUUGCCACGAGUCUUAAGGCUACCCGACACUUCACGGUCGCCGACUGGUGCAAGAACUUCGACGUCACCUUCCAAGGGGAACAAGGAGUGGACUGGGGCGGAGUGAGGCGGGAGUGGUUCUCGCUGCUGUGCGGUACGCUGUUCGACGCCCGCUUCGGCCUGUUCGCGCCCUUCCACGACUCACCCACCGGCCUCGUGCAUCCCAACCCCGAACGGCCAAAGCACCUCAAGCUGAAGCACUUCGAGCUGGCGGGCAAGCUGGUGGGCAAGUGCCUGUACGAGAGCGCGCUGGGCGGCAGCUACCGGCAGCUCGUGCGCGCGCGCCUCUCGCGCUCCUUCCUCGCGCAGAUCAUCGGCCUGCGAGUGCACUACAAGUACUUCGAGCAAGACGACCCUGAACUAUACCUGUCCAAGAUCAAGUACCUGUUGGAAACGGACCUGGACUCGGCCGAGUCCGUGCCGGAGAUAUACUUCGCGGAGGACGUGUACGACACGUCCGGCCACUUGGUGGAGACGCACGAUCUAAUACCCAACGGCUCGACGAUACGGGUAACGAACAGCACAAAAAUGAGAUACUUGGACGCGCUAGCGCAAUGGCGGCUGGCAACGCGUUGUCGACUAGAGACUGACGCGUUCCUACGCGGCCUCACGCUACUCGUGCCUGAUAACCUGCUCGCCAUCUUCGACGAGAACGAACUCGAGCUGCUGGUGUGCGGCACGGGCGAGGUGUCGGUGGCGGACUGGCGCGCGCACGCGCUGGUGGCGGGCUCGGGGCGCGGCUGGGAGCGGCUGCUGGGCUGGUUCUGGGCGGCCGUCGCCAACUUCAGCGCCGAGGAGCGCGCGCGCCUGCUGCAGUUCACCACGGGCUGCUCGCAGCUGCCGCCCGCCGGCUUCCAGGAGUUGAACCCUCGCUUCCAGAUAACGGCAGCGCCGACGUUCGGCGCGCUGCCCACGGCGCACACGUGCUUCAACCAGCUGUGCCUGCCGGACUACGACUCGUACGAGCAGCUCGUGCACGCGCUGCUGUGGGCCAUCAACGAGGGCGGCGAGGGCUUCGGCAUGAUCUGAGCCACUCAGGAUAAUUUUGAGGACAUUGAAGCUGAAUGACACGACGGUUACUGGAUACUGAGAAGAGCGAGCAAAGCCGGAAGUAGUGCUGCCUUGCCACCUUGUAUUUAUUUCUAGUCACGUCUCAAAGACUAUUUUGCGUAUUUUAUGUUUAGCUAUUUCUGACACCAAAGGUAACCUAACCUAAGAAUCAUUUUAUUUUAAUUACGAUUGUUUAACGAUUACCCAUUUCACUCAGUAUUCCUUAUUUUAUGAACGUACCUAUUUUACGUAAAUAUGCAAUUGCUAGUUGUGUGUGCUUGCGCUGUCGUAAAUAACGUAGGUUGUGAAAAGGUAAUAAAAUCUAGUGCAUCUUCUGAGUUGUAUCUCGGAAAGUUAUGAAUAAUUAGUAAAAUACGAUGGAUUACGAAAAGCAUAAAGGUCCCGUCUAAAAUUACAGCCCGAGUUAUUAUAUAUUGUACCGAAUGUAAGGAGUCUCCGAUUCCAGGUUCUGAAUUAUACAAUUAGACCAAUUAUUUAAUAAAACAAAAAAUUGAACAUACAGAUUUCGAUGGACCGAUGUUCAAACCAAAUUAUUUACAUUUAUGCUACUAAUAUUUGUUAUGUCUAGUAAGGUUGUUGUCUACGUAAUAUUCUUGAUUGCGUCUUUAAAACCUAAGUGCAAUAUUAGAUUACUAAGAUAUGGUGGGUUGUUUAUACACCGCCUGUAGUCGUAAGUUACAUUGUCAUUAGUUAGCACUUUUAUGUAGUAAAUUAUUAUGUAUGGUACUAUUGGUACUACAGCCUAAACCAAAUGUUUGUGCAAUAUUUAUUUAUUAUCUUUAGUAAGCCAAGAGGUUAACCCCAAUUUAAUAUAAGGUACACAAAGCGACUCCUGCCUAAAGCAUUGUCCAUAAGGACGAGGAAUUGAUAAGUAAGUGACAAUAAAGUAACCACGCCAUAUUGUCAUCUUAACUCAUGGAAUGUAACUAUAAUGUACAUAUAUGAACAGUAAAUGUUGUAAAAUUACAUAUUAGAAAUCUACGUAAGUACCUAGUGUACCUGCAUUAGUUCUUAUAGACUAACUGGUAUAUUCGUCGAAAGUUAUGGGAAUAAUGCAAUAAACCAGUGAAAACCUAAUCUGUCGAGUGUCCGCUCUCCCACAACUGUAGAUAGAGUCUGGCUACUGAAAUUUUACACAAAUGUUUGGCGGGAAAUUCAAAAAAUCUUGGGCUGGUCACACUUUGUGUAGUAGGAAUUAUAGUUUUGAUACUAGACAAUAUUAUUGAUUUUCUGUGCACAAGUAAGGUACCUAAGCAAAUAAGUUAAAUAAACGUUUACGUGCACUCAAAGUCAGCUCACAUAAUUUGUACCACUAUUUAAAGUACAGUCAACGACAAACACAUAUGUUUACGUUCCAAUAUUUAGAUUUUAUGGAUAUUUUUUAGAACUUUUAGUUUAUCCGUUUCUUUAUACACUUAUACUGUUUAUGAGAUUCAGGCAUUAAUAAAUUCACGUACUUAAUCAAAGUAAUAGACAAAUGUUAGAACUAGUACUUAAAGUAUCAAAAUAUUUAUAGAGCACCAACCUUCUAAUUAGGAUUGUUCAUUUUUUUUCAAAUGUUCUAUUUCGAAAACCAUUUCGAGAUAUAAGGUUUUUAAACAGUUUCCGACAUUUGCUGCGUUAAAAUAAUUGAGGAUUGAAGAUAUUUCAACAAAUAUCCUUAUGACCUUAGUUUGACCUUCUCCUGGGCUGAAUGUAAAGUCAUUGCAUAAUAAAAGUUAUCGAACCAUAGUAAAUAAAUCCGUCACUCACGUAUUGUCAAAGUUAUCAUUGUCAUCGAUUGUCAUAACAAAAAUUUUCAGUUAAACCGCUGCGCUUGUUUGUUACAAUUUGAUUUAUAAUUAAUACCUAAACAGUAGAUUUCAUUGCUUAAUAAUAUAUCAAAAACCUUGUUCCUAUGUGUGGGAAUGAUUCACAAAAAUAAUAGUUCGAAUCCACGAAGACCUACGACGUGAAAGAUGGUGCCGUGAAAACUUGGAAUACCUACCUACUUCACGUGUUACACACAGUAUUGCUGUGAGAAUCACGUCGAUGUAAGUAUAAAAUUAAUAUUAAUUUACUACAAUUAAGUAUUUAAAAGCUCACUUUAUUGGUAGGGUCGUGGUAUCUAUUUAUUUUCUGUGGUAAUGUAGCGAGAGUAUCUAAAGGCAAACCGUUAAACAGAGAUGGUGCCUACUAGAAAGAAGGAAUAUACAAGAAUACAUAGCCAUACUCAAAAUUCAGCCUGAAACUGCUUUAAAAAGAUAUAAUUUCUAAUUUCCAGGUACAUGUUGCAGUUCAAGCUGCUGAUAUCACAUAUGGUGGACAAGACUUAAUAAAGAGUUGUGAAUAAUAAAACAUGUUUCUGUUUACCUACUUUUUUAUUAAUUUGGGAAAUAUGUUAUAUAUGUUUCCAAAAAAAAAUAGUAACUUUACAUUAAAUGUAUGUUUAUCAUGUUCUGCACGAGCAUCUGACAAUGAUGGCUUCUUGUUGACCAUCCAGAAGAGAAGUGUAUGGUUUGUUAUUUACUCUGUUCCCAGGCAUUAUUUACGGUCGUAAAGUAUUACGACGAUUAAUAAUUAAUAUGACGUUCGUUUCAAUACAAAAUGCUCAACUUUGUUCUGGGCCCAAGUGCAGUUACAUAUCUCACAGCUGUAUCUAAAUAGGAAUCACGAUGACCUGAAAUAAUAGGAUAUAAUUAGCAAAAUUGGCAUGUUCUUAAUAUAGUAGUAUAAGUAUGUAGUACAAUAUCCAAACAAUGGUGACAAGCCGGUAGAAAGCACCCACUGGGUGCUAAGCUACCUUUAGCAAUGGACGCUUGUAACGAUUUUAUGAAUCCAAUCUUCUUACAAAUCGAAUCAGUUAAAAUAUAUAUGAUGUAGGUAACUUACAUUUGUAUUUUUGCUCCCUUGAUUUCAGCCAAGUUAUGGUUGGAGUUGGAUGCUAUAUGGAUACAUACAUACUCCAAUAAAACUAAGUUAUAUUAUAUAACUUAAACAGAUUUCUGGAAUCAGCUUUCUCAAAUUUAUAGCGUAGGUAUUUUGAAAUUAAUGAUUCAAAAUAAACGAGUUUUCCAUUCCAGACGAUUGUUAUUUAUAGAAACACGUGACACUGACAUUGUCGACAGGUGACAUUACAAUCAAUUGACAAUGACAACAAUUUUUUUAAUGCUUGUUGUUGCUUGUGCAUUAUCCUAAUCAGCCGACGACAUGUAAUUUACGAGAAGUCGUAUCUCAUAUUUUCAAUAAAUUAUAAAUAUUCAACCGAGCCACGAAUUACUAAAUCAUUCAAAUUGGUAUCUUAAAUUAACCUAUAUUUUCACAAAAUAAAAUAAAAAUGGGGGUCUAAAAAAAAUGAACAAUCCUAAUUUGUUUACAUUUGGUUAGGACUUGUAAACAUUGCAGUUUUUCGUUAUACAAAGCUACACGUCGACAUCGCACAUUGUCGUAAUUAUUUACGAGCUUAAAUAAUAGUUUGCAAACCUCACUCAGUAUAGAAAUUAUUAAUAUUAUUUAAAAUAAACCCCUUAUAAACCGCAAACAAUUUGAAUGAAUGACAUAAAUUGACAACUGACUUUUAGCUUUUUUUUUAAAUCAUAGACAAUUGGUGAUACAACAACGAAAUAUCUGUCAACAAUUUUUGGCUAGCCAGACUCUACCGUUCCAUAGCCUUAGUGUAUUGGGCAUUUGACGGGUUACGUAGUAAAGAAUACUUAUUUUAUCUAUUUUAUUUAAAAUCGAUUUAGCCCUGUGAGCCCAGAGGUCUUCGGGUAAUGAUAAUGAAUGUACCUAAUACCUACCUAUAUCUAUGCGAUCUCAUACGCAUUUAUAAAAUGUACUUUAGAAUGCAAAAGAGCAUGAAUUUUGUUAUAAUAUUAUAUCAGUGUCACCUAGAUGCAUUAUAUGAGUUUAAAUGUAUUAAAUUAUUUAUUUUUUAUGCUGUGGUAAAAAUAGCUUGGAAUUUAUUUACUGUUGUAUACCAGAAUAUUAUUUUUACUAAUUCUUAGUAUCUGCUUGUUUAAGUUAAAAGUAUAGUAUCGAAAUAUAUAUACGGAUUCCUGUAUCCUGAAAAAAGGAAUUAAUGUUAUAUAAUAAAAAAGCGAUAUGUAAAAAUAUCAGGUGUUAAAUUUCUGAUGAAGGAAUUUUGUUUUAUCAAUAGUUAAGAAAUAGCAAAUACUUAGGGUCGGUUGCACCAAACUGUUCGUAUCGUUAAAGAGUUCGCAAAAUUUUUAUGUAUGGAAAGUUUCAUAGUAAAAAGCCGGGGCGCGCCGGCCGACGUUGACCAGUCUGUCAAAUGUGGUUGGUGCAACUGGCCCUUAGAUACCAACACACAACCGGUUAUCUGUGUUAAACAUGGUGUUUAUUCUUAUAGCCUAGUGAGGCUUCUAUACGGCGGGGUUAGGUUGUUAUCCUGCUUUGCCUUGUAAUCAGCUCUUUGUUUCAAAUUAACUUGUUUCCUUAGUGCGCCCGAUUUUACUAAAAAGGAGUAAUUUGAUAGUAAAAUAUGGUCCUAUCAGGCGCGCGAUUAAUUAGCGGUAUUAAGAUUAAGUUACAUUUUGUAUUCAUUAGUACAAAUGACGAGAGGCCUAAAGAAAACUGUUAAACUCCAUUUUCAGAAUCUAUAUCUAGUCUAAAAAUAUAAAUUAUUUAACAGAUUUCCUUUACAUUUAGUCCUUCGUUGGUAUUAUUGCGUUUCUGCUGGACAAGUAGUUUUUUUUUCCUUUAGUACCGUUUGGUAACCAAAAUUUCGUAACCAGCUACAGAAUGGGAAUCAAGAUUCCCAGUUUGUAGCCGGUUACGUAUUGGGCCAGCGUGUGACCGUUUGGUAACUAAAUUUGGUAACUAGCUACAAAAUGGGAAUCUAAAAUUCCCUGUAUGUAGCCAGUUACGAAUUGGGCCAGAGUGGUACCGUCUGGUAACUAAAUUUUGUAACCGGCUACAAAAUGGGAAUCCAAAAUUACCUGUUUGUAGCCGGUUACGUAUUGGGACGGAGUUACUGAUCGGAGUUUAUUCUACCAAAUCGAGGCUAGAACGGUGUAGGUACCUACAUACGAAAGCACUUCAGACUUAUUGUCAUUGCAUACGUUUAUUUUAAGUUUUACUGAUAAUUUCUCGCUGACUGUACAUUUUAUCAAAACUUGUAAAUGCCAAUUGUCACCACUUAAAAAGUUAGAGAAGUUUCCUAAGACCAUUUUCGAGUGACAGCAAGCUGCCUUCACUGCCCCAUCUCAACUUUCCACCCUGUAUACAACUUAAUGAGCCACUUCAAAAGUUCCAUUUUGUAACCAGUUACAACCCAGGAUUUAUUUUUCCCGUUUGGAAGCUGGUUAACAACCGUGGCUACGAAUUGGUAAUAGAAAAGUCCCAAUUUGAAGCCAGUUACGAAUUGGCAUUUCUUUCCCGCUGGUUACCAAUUUUUAGUUACCAAACGGUACUAAAGGGUUUUUUUGGCAAAAUACUUGUCAUUAUUAAGGUCCCCAAGAAAUCUUAAGUAUUGUUUGCUUUUGUUGAUUGUAAUUUGUAAUACCUAUCUUAAUUUUGUAUUAUCAGGUCUUUACUCGUAGGUGUGCAAUAAUAAUUUUAGCAAUGUAUUAUUAAUUAUUAUGUUUCCUGGUUAUUAUUGUUUAUUCAUUUAACUUUCGGAGCUUCUUAUAGCGCGAAGGUAUUUACCUAGAUCUGUUAUUUGUUUUAAUACCUGUCCUAGCAGAAUCAAAUCUUCAGUAGAGUCCAGAAAUGUUAUUUUUAGUCAUAUCGUACAUUCAGAUAUUUAAUUCUAUUAAUCAUUAAAAUUAUUCAAAUUACCCGGGAUAGUCCAUUCCAAAAUGUUGAUAUUUUGUAGACAUUGUUGCUUAGAAAUGUAAGACUGAAAUAAACAAUUAACAUCUA